UUUAUUUAUUUAUCUAUUUAUUUAUUUAUAUAUCUUUAUUGUAUAUUUUGUAUGGCCAAUAACUAUUGACGAUAAAUAAUGACAUUAGUUUUAACAGACGAUGCACAAUCACCGCUUAUUGCAGCUUUAUAUGGACAUGUACAAGCAUCCAUUCAUUUAGUUCAAGUUAUACUUAAACUUGAGUGGACUAUAUUUAGUCGUUUAGUUGCAGUUUUAAUAUUUUUGACUUUUGCGUAUAUUAUUUAUAUUAUGAUUACAUUGCGUCAUGGACGUCAUCCUUUAAUGAUUUGGGAGAAAUUAGGAAAGCCAGUUGUGAAGAUCUUUAGACCAUGGACCUUUGCUCGUUUGUUAAAUAAAAAUGAUCCUUAUGCUGCUUCUAUUGACAUGCGUGUGUCUACAUUUUCACGUGGUUUUUGCACUGCUAUUAUGCGGGAUCAUCAUAGCACACAUAAUACACAGAAAGGUAUUCAUCCUACAGCUUUGGCUACUUUUGCAGAAACAACAGGAGGCUUAGCCCUUAUGAGUAAUUUAAAAAAGAAAGAUAGAGCUAUUUUAAAAUCUAUUAGAAUGGAGUACAAAAAGAAGGCUCGCGGCUUAUUGACUGCAAGUUCGGAUUAUACACUUCCGAGUGAUUUAGAGGAAGGAAGACAUGAGAUACAAACUGAAGUAGUUAUUAAGGAUCGAAUGUUAGAUACAGUGGCUAUUGCCUAUCUUAUUUGGUGUAUAGAGACUAAAGAGGCGUAAAAACUAUAAAAUAAAUAAUGUGGAUUUUUUCUUGUGCUGCACAACUUA